GUGAUCAGCUGAAGCGGUGCGUCAGUGCGCUCCUGAAAACAGCUACAACUCACAGCCACAGCGAACGUUCUUCAAAUCUAAUCAUUUCUACAUAGACUGCUCUCCGAAGCUCACUGCACGAAUUCUUAGCAAUCAGCUUUCAUUAAAACGGCGCUUUUCUUUAUUUCAUUUGCACGAGGACGCUGGAUAUGGAGCUGGUUGGGUCUGUAUAACAGACGCGGACAAAGCGGAUCAGCUCGAGCCGAGAUGAGCGCGACUAUGAGCGGCUCUGGGUCUUCGCCCUGUCGCUUCGCACAUUACUUCGUUAUAUGCGGAAUAGACAACGAAACGGGUCUAGAGCCCGAUGCUUUGGCAGCUUUGUACCAAUGGCUAGAGGCCGAUCGUCAGGGCAGGGAACCAGAAGCCGUGGCAGCAGGAGAAAACUUUGAUCAGAGCCCCCUCAAAAGGACCUUCAAAUCCAAAGUGCUUGCUCACUACCCAAAGAACAUCCAGUGCAACGCAUUUGACCAGGAUGCUGUUAACAUGCUCUGCAUGCCCAAAGGUCUGUCAUUCCGAACACAGCGUGACAGUCACACCCCACAGUUCCACUCUUUCCUCAUCACGAGAGAAGACGGAUCUCGCACUUAUGGUUUCGUUCACACCUUCUACGAGGAGGUGACCAGCCCUCAGAUCUGCUCCGCCAUGCAGACGCUACACCAGAUGCACCAAGCGGAGCAUAACGAAUCUGCCCACAACUGCCCUUCAUCAUCGUCAUCAUCGUCCUCAUCCUCCUCUAGUAUGGACUCUUUAGCCAGCAGCCUUGGUGAAGUUGAGUCUCCCUCCUCAACUUCCUCCUCACAAGGGGGCCACACGAGCUGUGGCUGCUCUGGCGAAGGCUACGACUCUGUUCGCGACACUCUGUAUGUGUCCAAAGCUAUGUGUCUAAUCACGCCCAUGCCCUUCAUGCACGCCUGUAAAGGUUUCCUGUCCCAAGUACACCGUGCUGUCAUCUCCCAUCAGCCGCCCCCACUUCCUUUGGAAAGCUAUAUCUACAACAUCCUCUAUGAAGUACCUUUGCCACCACCCGGACGCUCUUUAAAGUUCCACGGAGUGUAUGAACCUAUCCUGAGCCAGAGGCCUGGUGUCGGGGAGCUGCCGUUGGCUGAUUUCCCACUGAGUGAGGCCUUCCAGUUGUUGGGAGUGGAAAAUCUGGUGCAGAUUUUUACUUGUGUCUUACUAGAGAUGCAGAUCCUCCUCUACUCACAGGAUUACCAGAGGCUCAUGGUGGUUGCGGAGGGAAUCACAACAUUGCUGUUCCCGUUCCAGUGGCAGCAUGUGUAUGUGCCCAUCCUUCCCGCUUCUCUUCUGCACUUCCUGGACGCUCCUGUGCCGUAUCUCAUGGGCCUGCAGUCCAAAGAGGGCACGGACCGCUCCAAGCUAGAGCUGCCUCAAGAGGCGAACCUGUGUUUUGUUGACAUUGACAACCAGUGCAUCGAGCUGCCUGAAGAAUUCCCUCAGUUCCCCAACAAGACCGAAUUCAUCCAGGAACUCAGUGAGGUAUUGCUAAGUUUUGGUCUGUCUCCUGAGGGGGGCAACACCUCCCCUGAACCAGCUGUCAGCAUGCAGACCUCCACGCUGGAGAAGGAGCUGAAGAGCACAUCCCUGAGUGAGUUAGUGGAUGACAGGAGGAACGGAAACCUCGGUGGAGAGGCGCUGGACAUGCUGGAACUUCUUCAGGGCAACCCGACUCUGGAGCGUCUGCAGGCUUUGGCCAAAAGGACAGGGGUGAAAGUGGCCCGUUUGGAGGCAUUGGCAGCAGGGGAGGAGGGUGUGGGAGGAAGGUCUCCUGCUGAGGAAGAGGAGCUGAGGAACGCUAAACUGAACGUGCAGCUGAGGGAGGUGUUUGCUGCGCGCUUUGCUACAAUGUUUGCAGACUACGAGUCGUUUGUGAUUCAGAACUCUCCAGAUUUGGAGUCCUGGCUGACCAAUAGAGAGCAAAUGCACAACUUUGACAAGGCCUCAUUCCUUUCUGAUCAGCCGGAACCGUACUUGCCCUUCCUGUCGCAUUUCAUCGAAUCACAAAUGUUUGCCACCUUCAUCGACAACAAGAUCAUGUCUCAGUGGGAGGAGAAAGAACCCAUCCUGCGAGUGUUUGACGGACGCAUUGAGAAGGCCCGUCUCUACAAUGUUCGCGCACCCAGCUUGCGCUCAUCUGUUUACCAGAAAUGCACUUUUCUCAAAGAAUCAGCCCAGGCCAUAGAGCAGCGGCUGAGAAAGAUCGACCACACAGCCAUCCAUCCUCACCUGCUGGAUAUGAAGAUUGGCCAAGGAAAAUACCAGCAGGGAUUCUUCCCCAAAUUGCAGGCUGAUGUGCUCGCCUCAGGGCCCACCAACAACAAGUGGUCCAAUCGCAUAUGCUCGACUCAGCGCAGAGUGGACUGUCACAGACAGCAGAAUGACCAUCUUGUGCUGGACAAUGACCUCAAAGAGGUGGAGGGGUGUUUGCUCCUGCAGAACUCUAUGGCUUUCUGGGAGUGGGAUAAGGCGCCACCCCCACCUAUUAAACCGCCUAAAAAGUCCUUCUCAGCCUGCUGUCUGAAGUACGUGCAGGAGGCCCGUAACCUGGGGAAGAAACUGAGACAGCCCAAACUAUCAGACCUGUCCCCUGCGGUCAUCGCUCAGACCAACUGGAAGUUUGUGGAGGGUUUACUGAAAGAAUGCAAAAUGAAGACCAAGCGUAUGUUGGUGGAGAAAAUGGGCAGAGAGGCUGUUGAACUGGGCCAUGGAGAAGCAAACAUCACUGGCCUGGAGGAGAACACACUCAUAGCCAGUCUGUGUGACCUGCUGGAGAGAAUAUGGAGCCACGGUCUACAGGUCAAACAGGGAAAGUCUGCGCUGUGGUCUCAUUUAUUGCACUACCAGGUGAGAGAAGAGAAAAACGAACAGCUGUCAGAGUCUCCAGUGUCUAAUGGCCAGGAAAAGCGGAAGCCAGAGUCCAGUGUUGGUCUUCCUGCAUUACGUGUAUCACUCAUACAGGAUAUGAGACACAUCCAGAACAUGGGAGAGAUUAAAACAGAUGUGGGUCGAGCACGUGCCUGGAUCCGUCUGUCCCUGGAGAAAAAACUACUUUCCCAGCAUCUCAAACAGCUGCUGUCUAACCAGGCCUUAACCAAGAAGCUGUACAAGCGUUACGCCUUCUUGCGCUGCGAAGAGGAAAAAGAGCAGUUUCUCUUUCAUCUCCUGAGCCUGAAUGCCGUGGACUACUUCUGCUUUACCAGCGUCUUCACCACCAUAAUGAUUCCAUACAGGGCCGUUAUCAUUCCCAUCAAGAAGCUUAGUAACGCAAUGACGACGUCCAACCCUUGGCUGUGUGUGUCCGGCGAGCUGGGCGACUCUGGCAUCCUGCAGAUCACGAAGAACGUUCUGGAAAUGACGUUUGACUCUGCCUUUAGGCCUCACACGCACAUCUCCAUCGCUUUCAAGUGUCAGAACCUCGGGAAGUUGACAACAGUGCAGCUGGGUCAUGAUAAUUCUGGCUUGCUUGCCAAGUGGCUGGUGGAUUGUGUCAUGGUCCGCAAUGAGAUCACCGGCCACACAUACAAGUUCCCGUGUGGCAGGUGGCUGGGGAAGGGUGUGGAUGAUGGCAGUCUUGAGCGAGUUCUGAUAGGUGAGUUUGUAGUUCCGUGCAGUGAUGACGACGGAGGCCGAGGUUCUAAGACUCCGCCCCUUCAGCGAUCACCUUCCCAGAUUCGACGAAUCAGCAUCACAUCACUUACAGGACGUGGAAACAAACCAACAACCGUACAGAUACAGGAAUCCACCGGUGAAGCAGUUAACAAUAUUAUAAAGCAUUUCCACAAACCAGAAAAAGAGAGGGGCAGUCUUACGGUCCUGCUGUGUGGAGAAGGUGGUCUUGUUUGGGCACUGGAGCAGUUCUUCCAUCAUGGAUUCCGCUCAGCUCGAAUCUUCCAGAAAAAUGUCUUUGUGUGGGAUUUCUAUGAGAAAGCAGUAGCAUUUGUGGAGAAUGCAGAUCAGAUUGGAGACCUGCAAGAAACACCAGAGCCUCUAGGCCUGAAUUGUGAAUCUUUCUGUCGAUACGUCAACGCCAUUAACAAUAUGCCACGCAACAUUGGCAAGGAUGGCAAGUUCCAGCUGCUAGUUUGCCUCGGGGCGAGAGACCGAUUAUUGCCGCAGUGGCUCCCUCUAUUGGCCGAAUGCCCCGUCAUCACACGCAUGUAUGAGGAGAAUGCGUUACUGCGAGACAAACUCACCGUCAGCUCUCUCAUCGCAGUUCUGGAAACGCUGCAUGACUUCCCCAUCACACUGGAGAGCUCUCUAACGAAAAGCAUUGAGCUGUAACUCCACAUGCUGAGGUCAAAUUGAGACUGCUCCCCAUGCUGCCACCCUCAGGGCCAAAGCGGCUCUACAAGUGACUCUGCCUUGUGUGUUCGCUGACCAGGGAAUGACUGAGGACUUAUCAAAGCAUCUCUCAACAUGACUUGACUCCUGCACCUCCACACAAAUGAACUCAGAAGUGUGUUUUGUAGCAGUAUUUGGAGUUGUGCUCUUUCUAACGGAAAGCGUUGACGGCUUUAUUGAGAAGACGUACAUUUUUUGCUUUCAAACCUGUGGUCAUUUUCGUACACAUCUGUCUGCGAGUCAAAUCCGCUAGCAUUUCUGCUUCAGAUCAUGUGUCGUCUUUAGAAAGCACUGUUUUUUGCAAAAGUAUGUCAUGAUACAGAGGAGCCUUAGUACUGACAAGAUUAUAUGUCCAACACAUUCAAUAACCAUCAUUUGACAGGCAAAAUGAUUAUACUUGAGGAAUUCAGACAUCAAGUGUUUCUAAUGACUUGAAUUUUAUCUGUAAAUCAAUGUCUGGGUGUUUAAACCAAUGCUAUCAGUGUUCUGAUUGGCUGUCAGUUUGAAAGAAAGAUUCUUGAUUUUGAAUAGUCCUAACUUGAGGGUGUCAAUUUGAAACAUUCUCCUGAUUAAAAGCCUGUCAAAUGAAUUUUCAGAGAAAUAGGACAUUCCAACAUGUGAAUCGUUGUAUGUUACAAGAUGUGUUUAUGUGUGAUAGUAAUGUGCGUGUGUGUGGCUGGUUUAUCAGAUUAACAUUUGGGAAGAUGUGUUUAUUUUGCCAAUGAGUAUUAACUUCAUUCUUAGAUACUUCAGUAUCACGUUUGAUUUUUUUUUUUUUUACUUUUAAGAAACACUGGAAAUCAACGUAAAGCAAUAAGCUUCUUUCACGUUCUUUUUAGCCAUUAAACUUAUAGUCACAGUUAAAAUCUCUCAAAUCUGAAUUCUUACAGUUACUUGUGGGGGUGCUUUAAAUAUCAAGUUUAAACCCUAGUAUUUACCACUAAUUGAAGGUCUAAACGCAGCAAUUACUUUGUAAAUCCAUGUUUGAUUACUGCAGUACUUGCACGUUGCUUAGAAAUGAAGAAUUAUUGUCCUUAAAUCACCCUUGAUGUUUGUUCUUUUAUGCAUCAGUUUUAAUACGGAAACCCUGCUGAGAGAAAAGUAGAAUUUACAGAUAAACACAGUUGUUACAGGAUGAAUAACAGCUUUGAAUCACUUAAUGCUACUUAAGUUUUGUUUUUGUAAGACUCUCAGCAUUUAAUCUAAGAGCUGUGUGUGGUAGCUCGUCAACCUGUGUAUUUUAUUCAUUUCUUUUUUAUAAUGACUCGGAUCAUUCGUAUGUAUUUAUUUUAGGAUGAUGCUUUUGUGACUGGUUGAUUUUGUAUUGAUGCUAUCUUGGGGUGAUUUAUGCAGUAAGCUGACACUGGAUCAUUUAUUUAUUUGAGUAAAUCUGCUUUCAAGCUUUGUAUAGUAUGGAAUGUCCGUCUUGUGUAAAAGUCGACAU